AUGUCCAACAAGGUUCACGUAGGGAACAUUGAGAUGGAGGAAGGUUUGAGCAAGACGAAGUGGAUGGUUCUAGAACCUUCUGAGAAGAUCAAGAAGAUUCCGAAAAGGCUUUGGAGUGUUGGAAAAGAAGAUCCGAGGAGAGUGAUACAUGCAUUUAAAGUAGGUCAUUCCUUGACACUCGUUUCUUUGCUAUAUUUCAUGGAGAAUCUCUUCAAAGGCAUUGGAAGCAAUGCUAUUUGGGCCGUCAUGACUGUCGUCGCCGUCCUCCUCGAGUUCUUUGCCGUGGAGGGCUUGACGAUAAGCGAGAAAGUAAUCCUUUCGAUGGCAGCCCGAGGCAGAGAAUCAGCUGCGGAACCACACGAGCGGAAUGAGGCAGGCAAUGUUUGCCACUCUAUCAAGUUCCUCCCGAAGUCAAUAGCACGGGCAAAGCAACAUCAUGUCCUUAACCAGCCAUACUAG